ACACACACGCACACACCCUCAUCCACACACACACCCAGGACAGCAGCCUCCGCCAGAGCAGGAUACACUACAGCUGCCUCCCGACUGCCUGGACCGACCGAUCGUUGUGACGCCCCGCGCCCCUUCCUCAGCAUGAGAACCUUCCUCAUCCUCCUCCUCCUCGCCGCCUCUCUCUGCCUCUCCAGCGCCCAGCAUCAGGCGCUGAUGGACUACCUGGAGCAGAGACUGUUGGCCAUCGAGGACCGCAUCUCUGUGUGGCACGAGCAGACCAGCCGCUACGCCACGGAGCUGCGGGAGUUCAAGCAGCAGAUGGCGGCCCUGACAGAGAGCCUGGAGAAGGGCCGGGAGGCCCUGCGCACCGAGCUGGACGCGGUGGGCACCCGUGUGGACCGGGUGGAGCGGGAGAUGGACUACCUGGAGACCCAGAACCCGGCGCCGCCCUGUGUGGAGACGGACGACAAGGUGGUGGAGCAGGAGGUGACCUCUGUGAAGGAGAAGAGCAAGGCCAAAUAUGCCAAGCUCUCGGAUUGCAAAGACAUGGUCUCCAGCAUCAAAGCCAUGAAAAUCGUGAAGAGGAUGGGCGGCCCUAAGGGCAUGUGGACCAAGGACACCGUGAAUAGGUCGACGAAGGUGUACAUCUUCAACGGCACGGCCGAGGGCACCCUGUACGAGUUCGCCUCCGUGCGAGAGCUGGCGGCCUCGGCCGACAUGUCCAGCGGCAGGUCCAUCGAGCUGCCCUUCCUGUGGAGCGGCACGGGCCACGCCAUCUACAACGGGUACGCCUACUAUGUGAAGGAGGGCAAGGAGUUCCAGCUCAUCAAGUACGACCUGCAGAACAGCUCGGUGGCGGACAGCGCCGUGUUCCCGGCGGAGGCCCAGGUGCCUGUCUACACCCUCAGCCCCGAGACCUACAUCGACCUGGCGGCCGACGAGGAGGGGCUGUGGGCGCUGUACGCCACGAAAGACAACGAGCGCAACAUCUGCCUGGCCAAGAUGGACCCGGACACACUGGACAUGGAGGACAUGUGGGACACUCCCUGCCCCCGGGAGAACGCUGAGGCCGCCUUCAUCAUCUGCGGCACUGUCUACGUGGUGUACAACACCAAGCUGCCCAGCCGCUCACGUGUGCAGUGCAUCUUCGACAUCAACGACAUGGUAACCAGUGAAGAGGCCCCCCUGCUGUACUUCCCUAGACGGUAUAGCACCCAUUCCAGCCUCAAGUACAACCCCCUGGAGAAGCUCAUAUAUGCCUGGGACGAUGGCUACCAGAUCCUCUACAAGAUGGCCAUGAAGCAAAAGCCGGUGGUGUGAGCGCCCCCUAGUGUCCUGUGACAUAACAAACCACUUUUUAUCCUUAACUG